AUGAACUAUUCCGUAGCAAUUAUUUGUUUUGCGGCCCUCGUGGGUGCGGUCGUCGGUGGACCGAUCUCGAUGAGCAACAACAACAUUGGAGACAUUGUGAAGGUGGACGUUGACGCCGAGAUUGAUAUAAAGAGUGAGAUCAAUGUGGAGCUGGUGAACGUGAUUGCGGAACUGCUGCUGGAGCUGAGGGAUGUUAACGUGAACGUGUGCCCUGAGGAAACUAGUGAAGAAACUAGUGAGGAAACUAGUGAGGAAACUAGCGAAGAAACUAGUGAAGAAACCAGUGAAGAGACCAGUGAGGAAACAAGCGAAGAAGAAAACGAGGAAACUACUCUACCACCCACAACUACCAACACAACGCCUGAGAUUGGUCCGGGAACGCAGACCACAACGGACGAUUUCUUUCCUUCUGCAGUACCUUUCCAGGACCUCGUACAGGCACUUGUACAAACGAAACCGGAAGGGUAUGAUGCCCCAGGAAUAACCAAAGAGCAGAAGGAGAAACUUUGGCGUAAGCAUGUGGAGCAGCUGGUUCAGAAGCACGUUGUCAAUCAUCAGUAA